UUGAUUUGUUUAUGCAGAAAUGUAUCCGAAAAGAGAAAGUGAAAGUGGCGACUUAGGACUUGAGGAAGUGCAAGUGCAUGAAGUAUGAAAGUGAGAAAAAGAAAGUCAAACAGUUUUACUCCUCUUUAACCGUCUUCGUUAAAUUUGUUUCCAGGUUUUUACUCUAAGAUUACUUGGAUAUUUUGUUGCCGUUCCAUCUUUACGAUGGAGAACACAAUGGAUGCAGUAUUUGAUGCAUCAAUGUCUCUCGUCGGAGAAUUCAGCAACUUCGAUGGGAACACAGACGACAGAAAUAAACUGAUCUGGUCCUUCCUAGAAAAAAUACACCGUGAUAAAAAUCUGGAUAAAGUUUCAGAUUUUCGAAAUGGCUUAGAAUGGAUGAACACAACACAGCCUUUAUCUCUUCACAAGGACUUAACAGGGAAAAUAAUUAUUUUGGAUUUUUUUACGUAUUGUUGCAUAAAUUGUAUGCAUAUUUUACCUGACCUCAAAGCUCUUGAGAAUGCAUUUCCAGUUGAGAGAGGGCUUGUUGUUAUUGGUGUUCACAGUGCAAAGUUUGCAAAUGAGCGUAAUACUCAGAACAUUGUCGAUGCUGUCCAGAGGUAUGAAAUAUCCCAUCCAGUGGUGAAUGACAACGGGGAACAAAUGUGGCAUCAUCUAUGUGUUAACUGCUGGCCAACUCUCAUCGUCAUCGCUCCAGAUCUUCGUCCACUACUUGUGCUGCAGGGAGAGGGGCACCGUGCUCUUCUGUUUGCCUUGAUUGAGAAAGCUGUUGAGUUCUAUACUAAAGAGGGUAUUCUAUCAAAUCAUAGACUUACUCAAAUUCAAAUCACCAAAUCAUUCAAUGCCUCCAAGUUGUCUUACCCUGGAAAAAUUGCCACUCACGAAAACAGUGUCACUUUUUCCGACUCUGGUAAUCAUCGAAUCAUCCUCAUCCAGAAAUUUGGUUCAGCAGAGGAAAAAAUCCUCACAAUCGGUGGCAUUGUCAGUGGCUUUAAGGACGGAUCCUUCUUAGAUGCAAGAUUUCACUCUCCACAGGGUGUAGCUUUUUUGGAUGAUAAUACUAUAAUUGUUGCUGACACCGAAAAUCAUGCUCUCAGAAAGAUUGAUCUGAAAUGCAACAAAGUUGAGACUCUCUCAGGCACUGGUGCUCAGGGAUUUAACAGAAUAGGCGGUAAAAAGGGCACCAACCAAAUCCUCUCUUCCCCGUGGGACGUUUGUAUAAAUUCAGAAAAAACAAUUGUUUUCAUCGCGAUGGCAGGUUUACAUCAAAUUUGGGCGUACUUUCUAGCAGAUACGUCAUUGUGGGGCAGGUCAUACAGUCAAGGAGUCUGUGCUGCAGUUGCUGGAAACGGGAAAGAAGAAAAUCGCAACAACCUCUACCCAAUGUCAAGUGCUUUUGCUCAGCCAUCUGGCAUAUGUAUUUCGGAAGAAAUAAAUGCCAUGUUUAUUGCAGACAGUGAAAGUUCAUCCAUUCGAGCUAUCGAACUUGGAAGUGGCAAAGUGAAGGCAGUGGUUGGAGGCGCCAGAGAUCCGCACAAUUUAUUUGCGUUCGGUGAUACUGAUGGAGUUGGCACAACGGCACAGUUACAACAUCCUCUAGGAGUGACGUGGAAUCAAAAUAAUCAAAAGUUAUAUGUAGCAGAUACAUACAACCACAAAAUUAAGGAAAUUAAUGUCAAAGAAAAUAGUGCUCGGACUUUAAAAGUUGAUCAAACUCUGAAAGAGCCUACUGGAUUGUGCUGUUUCGGGCAGAAAAUGCUCAUCGCAGAUACAAACAAUCAUCGAAUUCUAAAGUAUGAUCCUGAGUCUGGAAAAACUGAGAUUGUUAAUAUCAAACUGGAGGCCUGCAAGCCCAGCGCUAAAUGUAAAAACAUUGUGAAGCAAGACAAAAUCUCGCUAAGUCCCAAAGGUGGCUCUCUCAAAAUGAACUUAUCCGUGAUUUUACCUAACGGCUGUUCAAUUACAAAAAAAGCUCCAUCUAAAUGGCUUCUAUCUCCCCCUGAUACAUGGAAAACCAUUAAAGCCGGGUCUGAAGAAUUUCAACUGAAGGAACAAUUUGAGUUUCAGGUGCCAGAACAGAACACAGAGAUUAAAAGCUCAAACUUAACUGCCCAAGUGCCUUUGAUUAUAGAAUGCUUUGUCUAUUAUUGUACUCCAACAUCAACUUGUUCGCAGCAUGAAUUUUCUAUUCUGCUGGAAGUAUCCUAUGAGGAAGAAGCAAGUUCAAACGCCUCAUAUGAUUUCAGUCACAGUAUAAUUUCGUAACGUCACUUCAGUCAAUCCAACGAUUAUUAAAAUAUAAUGGCUAGGGCUUUAUAAGUUGCAAUUUUUUGAUAGAUAUGUUUUGCUUUGAGAGUAUUCUCAAAAGUGAUGAGCUUUUAGAACUUGAUGAAUACAGAGGGCUGAGGAACAAUACUCCAUACCUAAUUGAUCAUUCCGGCAAGGAUGAGUUGGUGACUUAGCGACGUUCCAAAGUAUAAAAUAUCCCGGCUGAUGUUUUUAGUUUUUUCCAAUUUCGCAUGAGGGCGCUGUAAUGUAUACAAAACACAACACCUGGAGUCUGACACUCUAAAUAAAAAAAUAAAAAUUGCAAAUCCAACCUCAAAAUUACAAAAGUGGUGAAGUUUUUCUUCGUCCUGUAAAAUCGUCAGUUUUCAGAUAGGCGGCACUCUUCCUUAGCCAUUGAAAUUAUUUUUGCGCUAUGCAGGAUGUCCAUUGCUUAAAUUGCACAGGCUGGACCAACAAGAUUUUGCAACUCAAGAAAGGGUCAUAUUCAUAGUCAAGUGGUGAAGUUUUUCUUCGUCCUGUAAAAUUGUCAGUUUUCAGAGAGGUGGUACUGUUCCUUAGCCAUUGAAAUUAUUUUUGCGCUAUGCAGGAUGUCCAUUACUUAAAUUGCACAGGCUGGAUCAACAAGAUUUUGCAACUUAAGAAAGGGUCAUAUUCAUAGUCAAGUGGUGAAGUUUUUCUUCGUCCUGUAAAAUUGUCAGUUUUCAGAUAAGUGGUACUGUUCCUUAGCCAUUGAAAUUAUUUUUGCGCUAUGCAGGAUGUCCAUUACUUAAAUUGCACAGGCUGGAUCAACAAGAUUUUGCAACUUAAGAAAGGGUCAUAUUCAUAGUCGUUCCAUAAACAUUAAGGCCUUUACAAGUCGUAGGGAUUGCAUCGGUUAAGGAUGCUGUAAUGUUUGAGAGACGACUAUGAAUGUGACCCUAACCCUUCGUAUUUUGAGUUUUAAGGUAUAUAGAGCGCAAGGCAUGCAAGUUGAUGACACAACAAUCGGUCAAGGAAUUCCAACCUAGUUCCUUUGAUGGAUCGUCGCACAUUGUCGCAAACUUGCACGCCUUGAGUGCUGUACCUGUAGCUCACCAAGAUUUCAUUAAAGUGAAAAAAGUUCCUAAUAAACAAUCGAUGCAACCUCCUAAGUGACACUGUUAGUUUUUACGAAAUUCUGCAUUUCUUUUAAGUACCUAUCCAAUCAAGGCAUGCCUUUCUCUCAAGUGAAAGCUUCUGUACUUAAUCAUUUACUAAUACUUAAAAUGGUUGUAAACCUCAUGAAGGGAAUGUGCAAAGCAUGAAAAAAACCAAACGUUCAAUAAUAGUAGUUUUUAUAAGUUAUUUUUUUUAUAUUUUAUUGAUUGAUAUUGUUAAAUUAUUACAGUUUAUACUUUGAACUGAUGAUGGAAACAUGAGUUAACAAGAACUUACUAAGAAAACACAAAUAUAUUUUCAUUGAAUUAACAA